AGCUUUCUAUAGUUCUAGAUUUAUUUAUCUGUUCAGCCUUUACCAUAAAACUUUAUUUAUAAAGCAGUUUAAACAAGCUGCUCAGAAACCAGGAAGAAGCAGAACCACGAGAUGGUUCUGCCUGGUGUAAAAUAGCAAGUGAUAAUCACGCCAGAGUCUCGAAGCAGCAGCGGAAAAGGUUCUGUUACCUCUGAGUCCUGGUCAGCCAAGCCGAAAGAGCUAGAUGGUUCACAUGGAUGCAGCAGUUCUGACAAACAAAAUGGGCCGGCACCUUUAAAGGCCUUCAAAACAAAUCAAAGCAUUAUUAAAGUGAGACUAAAACUGGAGCGAGGUCCUCUCUGUUCCUUGAGCCUGCAGCGUUCUGGUUCUGCUGAAGGUCCAAAGGAGGCCCACCUGAUCCCAGACAGGAGGACAUAAAGUCAUAAAAACAGAACUCCUUAUUUUCUUCUUUCAAAUUCACAGUUUUUAUUAAAAUAUUUGGUGUCUAAUUCAUACAUACUAGUCAUCCUACAGACCCAAACAUCCAAUCAGACCCGUUCUGCUGUGGCCGCAAUGGACCGAGCUCCUCCUCACAUCUUCUUUAACAGUGUUAAUGGCAUCCCAUAAUGAUCCUGGUGGUUUCUCUUCCACCUGGAUGUGAACAUGAACAAAGCAAAGGAAAGUGAUGUUUAUAUUCUUGCUGACCCAAAACUUAAAAAGGGUUCUGCAGGUUCGGAUCAAGUUUGCAAAUCAAAAUCUUCUGGCCUCUGUGGGAAAAAAUAGAAAGAAAUGUGAUCUUUUCUCAGCAUGAAGAACAAGAGUUGGGUCUUUAAAAGCCUUGCUGUUUUAUGCCAAGUUUAAUACAGGAAUUAAGACAGAUCUGGGUUCAGCAGAAUCUGGACUGAUGUGGUUCUGUUUCGUAUAAAUCUGAAGAGAAAGGAAAAAACCUGGUUAUUAGGGCAUGAAGACUUUGUUCUGUUUUUCAUUUAAAAAAGAUUUUAAUUUGUCAUAUGUAAUAUUUUGGCCCAAUUAAAAAUAAAAUCCAUCUGCUACGUGUUCUGCGGGCCACAUUUAAAUUGGGCCCGGUCCAUAAUGGCAUGCCCCCUGCGAAUUUCUCCUUUCUUUUCAUGAAAACAUCUCUGAUGCUUCAGCCGGAAACGGUAAAGAAAUCAUCUGCUCAUCAGAACCAAUCUUCUAUCAACCAGAACAGACAGAACCAGUUGGUCCAUUAAAUUCUUGAUUAAACUCAUUGGGAAAACAACUGAAUAUUUUUCUUUCUUCUGAUUCUCUCUGUGUUGUUCCCUCUUUGUUAUAAAGUUCUGACCCGGUCUGAUAGAACUGAGCAGGACUUUCUGUUAUAACUUCCCAGACAGCCACCCACAGCUCCCAGUAAAGUCAUCUGUUUGGUCCCAGUACCCAUCAGUGUCAUAUACUUCCUGGCUGAAACGGUCUGAUUUACAUGCAGAGUUAGCUGCCAUCUCUAGAACGGCCACCAGAGGGUGCUGUUGAUGUCAUCAGGCAGUAACUGGAGCAUCUGUCAAUCAGAGCAGAGAGGGCAGACAGCAUUAGGUCACACUGUGGGUCCUCCUCAGUCUAGGUGGAACUGCCUGACCUGCUAAAUGGUCCAAUAUUGGAACAUGUUACAUCUCCUAAGGUCCAAUUCUAACAGCUAUGGGGCAGGUUGCUGCAGGAGAGGCUCCAGAAGCUGUUCUGCUCUGAAACACUGCUCCUAUGGAGACCCGAGGGGCACGCCGCACCGGCUGAUGUGGGGCCAUGACAUUAUCUCCAUCUGUCUGGUCUGAUGUUCCUGUGGUCCAGUCUCCCAUCCCAACCCUUUAGACCUUUAAACUGGUGCUCCUUCUGGGUGCUGAGCUUCCUGCUCAGACUGCAGCAGCAUGGCUUCUUUUUAUCAUUCAGUAAAAGUCCAGGUUCAUCAGACAAAGGACACGGUACAUAUGCUGGAUUCUGAAUCUUCUUCCUCACAGUAGCCAGGAUGUUUUAUGUUUAGGCGGAACUGCAUUAGGCUAGAAACACAGAACACAGAGCGGGGCUCGACUUGUUUCUGGGCUUCUUGGUUGGACUACACCCAAAAGGCAAACAUGGAAAUAUAUUUAAAACUGACUUGGAAAAGACUGUUGAUCAGGAUCUGGGUUUGGACCAGAUAUAUGCUUUGAAAAAUCUUUACUUCCUUACAGAUUUGCUCUGUUUUGCCUUCUUGUCUCACUUAAAGGGGUCAGAUCAUCGAACACAUUUCAAAAUCUAAGGUAACCUGAUUAAAUAUAAAUAUCGGAGAAUUUCAUUGGUUAAGCUUCCACUUCCAGUAAACCCAGUAACUGGUUGUUUCUCCCUUGGCAGCACCAGCGGAUAACUAGAAAUGAAUCUCAGCCAGUCAGCUGAAGUCCAGGUCCCGAAGCAGCAAGUCAGCCCAGACCAUCACACUACCACCACCAUGCCUGACUAUAUUUACCCCAAAUGUAACAGGACACACACCUUCCAGAAAGGCCCAUCUUUAUCUCCUCAGUCCACAGUAGAUCUUCUCUUGAAGUCUUGGAGAUCAAGAUGUUUUUUGGUAAAUCUGAGUUGGGCCUUUGUGUCCUUUUUGGGUCAGAAGCGGUUCUGCCCUUGGAACUCUCCCACGGAGGCCAUCUUUGCCCAGCCUCUCUUUCUGAUUGUUGAAUCAUGACCUCUGACCUUAAGUGAGGCAGUGAGUCCUGCAGAGCUUAGAUGUUGUUCUGUCUUCUUCUGGGACAUUUUGGAGUAAUUCUGGUAGGCCAGGCACUCCUGGUAAGGUUCUCCACUGUUCCAUGUUGUCUCCAUGAAUGGAUAAUGGUUCUUCCUGAGGUUCUCUGAAGACCCACAGCUGUAGAAAUGGCUUCCUCACACCUUCAGACUGAUAGAAAUCAGUACAUGUUGGUUUGGAUGCAGUUUUUCUCUCAAAAAAUCAAAAUCAUCACUUUAAAAACUCUUUUUUAUUUACUGAGAUUAUAUCUGAUAUUAACAUUUGUCUGAUGGGUCAGGGCUGUCCGAAACAUUUAAGCGUGAUAAGAAAUGACGAGGAGGUAAAUACUUUUUCACACCACUGUGUCAGCCAAUCAGAAAGCUCCAUGGUGUUUUUCUGUAAGCAGGUUAGAAUGGCUGUUUUCCAGAGUUCCUCUUUGGUUCUGGAACCAGAGAGGAACUAAAUAUUUCAUUAAACAGUAGAAAUCUGACUGUUUGCUUUACCUGUCAAAACAACAACCUGGAUCCAUUUCCUCUGAGUCGGAGGUUUUACAGUGGGUCACUUGCUGGCUAGAAAGCCAUGUGAUGAAGAACCACGGUAAGAUGAAGUUAAAUGGCUCAGUCUAAGGCUUAGAUUAAAGAUAGAAACCACAGAACCUGGACCACACCCACUAGGUGUUUGUCCAUCAGUGUUUAACCUGGUUCUGGACAUAUUUGACUGCUUGCUCCAAAGAACAGGUCUGAAUGUAAACCCUGAACCAAACGCUCCAGCAGCUGGAACUGAGCUGUUGUACAGAGAGACGAGGUUUCCGGAAAUCUGCGUUAAUCAUUUAGGAGCUAAUGGAGCGAGACGCACUCUUCAUCAGCAGAACACGCCGGCAGGACAUUCAGAACAAGCUCCACCGAACUAAUGAGUCUGUUUCCUGUGUCCAACAGAUACGGAUCGGUCCUCAACCAACACAAGGUACCGUAGAUAGAUAGAUAGAUAGAUAGAUAGAUAGAUAGAUAGAUAGAUAGAUAGAUAGAUAGAUAGAUAGAUAGAUAGAUAGAUAGAUAGAUAGAUAGAUAGAUAGAUAGAUAGAUAGAUAGAUAGAUAGAUAGAUAGAUAGAUAGAUAGAUAGAUAGAUAGAAAGAAGGAAGGCUGCUAUGAUGCCAGGGGAAUUGGAACUGGUCCACCUUUAACCCCCAGAGCUUCAUGAUGGGCCUGAACCGGAUCUCCAGCACCACUCCAUACAUCAGUUUUCUGGCCAGCACCCGCCUCAACACCUCGACCCCCUCCUCCCUCCCUCCGUCUUCCUGCAGCAUCGAUGAGUCCUACAAGUAUGUCUUCCUGCCUGUCUGCUACUCCCUCACCUUCCUAUUCAGCCUGGUACUGAACUCGGUGGUUCUGCUGCGGUCGUGCUGCCCCCAUGGCGCUGGAGCCAGCAGCGGACGGCGCUGGAAUACAUCUCUGAUCUACAUGGUGAACCUGGCCACCACAGACCUGAUGUACGGCCUCUCGCUUCCCUUCCUGGUGGCGAGCUAUGUGCUGAGGGACCACUGGGUGUUUGGAGACUUCAUGUGCCGCCUCGUACGAUUCCUCUUCUACUUCAACCUCUACUGCUCCAUCUUCUUCCUCACCUGCAUCUCUGUGCACAGGUACCUGGGAAUCUGCCAUCCAAUGAGGACCAUCACUCUGGAGAGCAAGCGUGUGGUGAAGGCUACCUGCGCCUCAGUGUGGGUGGUGGUCUUCGUACUCACCUGUCCUAUCUUCAGGUUUGCCCAGACAGGAGAAGUUACGAGAAGAAGUACUGGAGCUGUUGAACCCGAGGGUAUGAGGUUUGGAGACAACAGGACUGAGGAGAAGUAUGUGAACUGCUGGGACGAUGCCAUCGAUAAGGACUUUGCUGAAUACGUCCCAUAUGGCAUUGUCCUUCAUCUGCUGGGCUUUUUUGUCCCCUUUGGUAUCAUUGCUUGGUGCUACUCUCAGGUGGUCCGGACAAUAUUUCAGAGCCUGCGGUCUCCGCCCAGUUCAAUAGAGUGCGGUGAAGACGGAGCAGUUGGGGACGGAGCAGUUGAAGGAGGUCGAGAUAGGGAGAGAACUUCUGUCUCCAUCUCUGGCUCCCAGUACUCACACUACAUCAGGAGGCGGCGUAAAUCCAUUAAAACUAUCGUAACCAUUACACUGCUGUUUGCGCUCUGCUUCUUACCCUUUCACGUUACUCGAACGUUGUUCCUGCUCCUGCGACGAGGGCAGCUUGGAGGCUGCAACGCCAUGAAGGCCGUCUCCAUCUGCUAUAAGGUCACCAGGCCUCUGGCGUCCUGCAAUGCCUGGCUCAAUGCCCUGCUCUACUUCCUGACGGGAGACAAAGGCGCCCCCUGCUGCUGGCCAGAACGAACUGUCCACCAGGACAAAAGAAAUGGCCCCCUCUGGUGGCCGUUAACGAUACUGAAGAAGGAAGGAGCAGGAGAGGAUGACCAGGAGGUAGCCGAGAAGGUUGAGAGGGAGCUGCAGAUGGAGGAUGAAUCCAAGUCUUCACGGAUCCUCUUCUAAAAAGUUCAGAAAGAACAUGUUGCUCCGAGACACAAUCAACCCGUCGGCAUGUUGUCCUGAACCUCCUUAGUGUUAUGGUGUUGUUCCAGUACAAGUUUUCCAACAAACCAAAUCUAUAUCCAAACAAGGAAUAUUUACAGCCAUAUUGCUCUCCAGCAGGGGUCUCAAACCCCCGGCCUCGGGGUCUGGGGUACUGCAACCUUUAGGUGUUCCUGGUCCAACACGCCUGAAUCAAACGGCUGAAUAACAUUGUCAGGCGGUAGGAAAGUUCUGCAGAGUCCUGUAAACGACCCAGUUAUUUGAUUCAGGUGUGAUGAAGCAAAGACACACCUGCAGACCGAUCCCUGGACCUCCUGCUCUACAGAGAUGAGAUGUUUGAUUAGAUCCAGUGGUUUCAUUACUUCCCUUGAUCUUAAAUAACUUGAACACAUCCCAUAAUGAUUCAUCAGCUGCCCUCUGCAUUUUAUAAGAAAGUUUCUAAAGAAGAAUAACCUGCUGCAGCUCACAUUGACUGCUGAAACCUUCAUCCUGAUGAAUCUCCUGCUCACUGGACAAUGUUGAGUUAACAGAACCGGGUUUCAGUUCAAUAGAACCAGACAAGUUUGUCCGUAUCAAACUGCAGCCAUGUGAGAAGAUUAAAGGUGGAUUUCAAACAUUUUAACACAACUUUCCCUCACAAACUGUGAAUGAAACGGUUUUUAUUGUUAAAGGCCAAUAAAUACGGUGCAGGAACACAGAACAAGUUGUUUUAGGCUGCAGCUGCUGGAACAUUUUAUACUUCACAGAACUUCUAGGAAGCCUUUAUAGGUGUUUCCCACUGCCACACAUCACCUUCACAUUUUCUGACACCAUGCAAGAAAAAGGUUCUGCCCAGAAUGUAUAUCAAGAACAAGCUGCAAAGAAACCUGCAGCCCUGGGAGGGAGAACAAAAUCCUCUCUUCUAUCAGUGAAUGUGAACGAGGUUCUGUGUACUUGGACAUUCCUGCUGCUUUGGAUCUCAGGUCCGGUUCUCCUUUCGCACCUCAUUAGUUUUGUGUGUUUUGAUAUUUUUGUGUAAGAAUUAAAGUCCGUUUUUGACCACA